CACCACAUCGGCCUCUCCGAGUGUGUCUCAGCUCUUCGCAAGACCUUGCCCACACAUCCUGCCCAGCCAGCCUGCCACGGCCAUGGCAGCCUACGGCCAGACACAGUACAGUGCGGGGAUCCAGCAAGCUGCCCCCUACACCACCUACCCACCUCCAGCACAAGCCUAUGGAAUCCCUUCUUACAGCAUCAAGACAGAAGACAGCUUGAACCAUUCCCCCAGCCAGAGUGGAUUCCUCAGCUACGGCUCCGGCUUCAGCACCCCACCCACUGGACAGAGCCCGUACACCUACCAGAUGCACGGAGCCCCAUGCUGAGGGUGCCAUCACCUCUGCUUUACACAUGAUGAAAGCGAGGCUCAGAGAGGGGAAGUGACCUACCCAAGAUCACAC